AUGAGUGUCACCUUGUCGCCGAUUUACGCGCACUUUUCACAGACUUUGACAGGCCUUGCUACUAUCCGAGCGUUCAGAGAUGAAGCAAGAUUCAAACUGGAAAAUGAACACAGGCUGGAAAUCAACCAACGAGCGAACUUUUGUGGUAAGAAAAUUCGACUUCGGAAAGUUCUCGCAGCGACCAAAACAAUUUCAUGCUCACAGUCCUCAGCUUUUUCAGCUGGUCAGUAGUUGAGAGAUUUCAUUGUAAUUAAAUCAUUGAAUCAUUCUUCCCAUCAGCUCUUGUGGCAUCACAGUGGUUAGGCUUAUUCUUACAGUAUAGUGGUGUUGCUAUGGUAACUGCAGUGUCGUUUAUUGCGGUGCUUGAGCAUCAUUUCAGUACCGUUGAUCCAGGUGAGUGUUUUUCUUUGUGCACAUGUACAGGUAGACUUCCUCGCAGAUCGUGAAGUCAUAGCUUUUAUUAGAUUCCAGCAGAAUCCUACAAUGUCCUACAGCUAGUGAGAACGUGGCGUUCUUCAGGCAUGUCGUCAGACCUUCAAUAGAGGAUAACGCCUCUUAAAACUCCAAAUGCGAGGUCCAAAUGCAGUUUUCUUAAUUUUACAUUCCCAUCCAGUUAUUGCAUUCCUAUACAGUGUGCCGCCCUGCGCUUUAUUUUCAGUCAGAACUAUUGCCGUUCUGUGCUAUUUUCCGGAAGCGGCGUGGCUAAGAGGCCAGAGCGCUGAACCUGGGGGUACCGAGCUCAAUUCUCGCAACUGGAUUUGUCCUCGGUAGUCCUGAGUUUAAAUCCACGGCCCACGCCUGAAAGGUAGCCAACUGGUUCGCCUCCUACCGCAUGGCAAUCUUAACCAUGUUACGUUCCACUUGUAUUGCUUGUUUCAUAAAAGCCCCACAAGGGUGAAGAUAAUUAAGUAUUUAUACCCUCACAUCCUUCCUUUCCUGACUUUCUGUUACCUUGAGCCCGGCGAUCUUUCAACAGCCCUGAUGUCUUUUUUGAGUUCGUUACCAUCCCUUAAACUGCGCGACUAUAUUGUUUAUUUAUGUUCUCCAUCAACUGUGAAGGGUCCUUUGAAUCUUGGCUACUCUUCUUGAAUGAGUGAUUUUUGAGGGCUAGGCACACCUUAAAUUUCACGGUCCCACGACUCCGUGAAAUUUAAGAUGCCGUGGUGGUAACAUCCAAGUGGUAUUUAUUAUUAUAUUGUUCCGUACGUCUUCCUCUAAAGGUCUGGUGGGUUUGGCAAUUUCGUACGCGCUGUCAGUCACGGACCGCCUCUCAGGCAUGGUGACGUCAUUUACCGAAACUGAGAAACAGAUGGUGAGCGUGGAGCGAGCGGUCCAGUACGUUGAAGAUGUUCAGCCUGAAAUCAGUCCUCGUGGCACG